AUGUUGAUCGACAGAUUGGAGGACGAGGCUGUGGCUGAAGAUGGUGAUGAGGUUGCUGAGGACGAGCCCCAAGAUUUAGAGGCCAAGGAAGAGGACGUGCCACCUCAGAUUUCAUUGCAUGCCUACUCCGGAUCGGCAACACCGAAAACGCUAUGCGUGGACGGCAUGAUCAAAAGACGUGUGGUGUGUAUCCUCAUAGAUACGGGCAGCACCCACAAUUUUUUGGAUGAGAGGCUCGUCAAACAGAUCGGUCUCAUAGCAGAGCCGACAUUGGGCUUCGACGUGGCAUUGGGUGACGGAGCCAUGUUGAGGGCGAAGGGCAUAUGCCGAGGCAUCACUUUGACGAUCCAGGGCAGCCAAUUCAAGCUCGAUCUCUAUCCGUUGGCAUUACGAGGAGCUGAUUUGGUCCUUGGUACGCAGUGGCUGCAGAGUCUUGGCCCGGUUACAUUCGACUUUGCCGAGAUGUGGGUGACUUUCAGACGGAGCGGACGGCGAGUUAGAUUGGAUGGCAUUCGGCCUAGCCCAAGGGCUGCACUUCAGCCCCUAGUCGGCUUGCCCGGACCCGGCGCGCACAGCUACUUGAUGCAGCUCUUAACUCUGUCAAUGGAGACCACGACGGAGGCAGAUUUAUUUGAGGAGCCUCAUGGUCUUCCACCUGAGAGGGAGCACGAUCAUCAUAUAGAGAUUGUACCGGGAGCAGAACCGGCGAAUGUGAGGCCUUACCGCUACCCGCACGUUCAGAAGGAGGAGAUCUCAAAGAUGGAGCACCUAGAGCACUUAGAGGAAGUGCUGAAAAUUCUGCGCAGAAAUCAAUUGAAGGUAAAGCGAUCCAAGUGCCUAUGGGCCGAGCCGAAGGUCGAGUACCUAGGCCAUGUCAUCUCUGCUGCAGGUGUGGAGCCGGACCAAGCAAAGAUACAUUGCAUGACCGAUUGGCCGCUACCCAAGUACCAAAAGGAGCUGCGAGGAUUUUUGGGCCUAACCGGUUAUUACCAUCGGUUUGUGGAGGGAUAUGGAAAGAUCACCGCGCCACUGACCCUGUUGCUACGAAAGGGCGAGUUUAGAUGGACCGAGGCAGCGAUGGAAGCGUUCGAGAAGCUCAAGGAAGCCAUGACGACGGCCCCGGUUUUGGCGCUACCCGAUUUCGCCAAACCGUUUGUAGUCGAGUGCGAUGCUUCCGGUGCCAGCAUUGGUGCUGUUUUGAUGCAGGAGGGAUGGCCAAUUGCUUUCAUGAGCAAGGCGUUGUCCCCUAGGACCCGCUCGCUGUCCACAUAUGAGAGGGAGAUGAUGGCGGCAGAUUUUGAGCUCUUAGAUCGUGAUGCUACCUUACGGCGGUUAAAGUUCCACAUAACGACUGCGCAGAACAGGAUGAAGCAGCUGCAUGAUCGGAAGCACAGAGAUCUAGUAUACGAGGUGGGCGACUGGGUAUACGUCAAGGUGCAGCCUUAUCGACAGUUGACACUGCAGCCCAUGGCGAACCAGAAGCUCUCUCAUCGCUUCUAUGGGCCCUUUUAG